AUGAAGAUUAUUAAUAUUUUAUUAAUUCUUUUGGUUUUAACAAUUGCCAUAAAUGCCAAUGUUGAGGAAGCUACCGAAGCCGAAGGCUAUGGAUAUUGCUCAUGUGACAAUGACUGCUAUGAUAGAAAUAGAUGCAACACAGAUAAAUGCGUCCAGGGCCGAUGUGUCUACACCCCAAUAGAUUGUAAUGACGGCAACUCAUGUACUGCCGACACUUGUGACUGCAACUUGGGCUGCAUCCACACUCCAAUCAGCUGCGACGACUGCAAUGCCUGUACCGCCGACUCAUGUGACUGCGCCUCCGGCUGUAAGCACGUUCCACUCAGCUGCGACGACCACAAUGCCUGCACCUUUGACAGCUGCUCCAACUCCACCGGCUGCACCCACGCCCCAGUCAGCUGCGACGACGGCAACUCAUGUACCGUAGACUCAUGUGACUGCGAGAAGGGCUGCGUCCACACACCACUGUGUUGUGACGAUGACAACCAAUGUACCAUUGACACCUGCUCCAACUCGACCGGCUGUGUCCACACCCCAAUGAGCUGUGACGACGGAAACGAUUGCACUGCCGACUCGUGUGACUGUGGUCGCGGCUGUGUCCACACUCCUAUCAGCUGUGAUGACCGCAACCCAUGUACCGCCGACUCGUGUGAGUGCAAUGGUGGCUGCAAGCACGCUCCAGUCUCAUGUGACGACCGCAACAUGUGCACAAUCGACUCUUGCAACAACGUGACUGGCUGCACUCAUACCCCAGUCAACUGUGACGACUGCAACCCAUGCACCCAGGACUACUGUGACUGUGAGAAGGGCUGCGUCCACAAGCCAAUCAACUGUGAUGACCGCAACCCAUGCACCAUCGACUCGUGCAGCAACUCAACCGGCUGCGCCCACACCCCAGUCAACUGUGACGACAACAACCCAUGCACUGCCGACUCAUGUGACUGCGAGAAUGGAUGUGUCCACAAGCCAAUCGACUGUGACGACCACAACAAGUGCACAAUCGACUCGUGCAGCAACUCCACCGGCUGCGCACACACCCCAGUCAACUGUGACGACGGUAACGCCUGUACCGCUGACUCGUGCGACUGCGAGCGCGGAUGCAUCCACACUCCAAUCAGCUGUGACGACUGCAAUGCUUGCACCGUAGACACAUGCGACUGCAACGGUGGCUGCAAGCACACCGCCAAGAACUGUGAUGACAAUGACGUCUGCACCAUCGACGUGUGCAAUAACUCCACUGGCCGCUGCGACCACUUCAAGGUCAACUGUGACGACGGCAACCCCUGCACAUACGACUCGUGCGAGUGCGGCAAGGGCUGCAUCCACACUCCAAGGAACUGUGACGACCGCAACAAGUGCACCAACGACAUGUGUGACCCCGCCACUGGCAAGUGCAGCUACUCUCCAGUGAACUGUGACGACCACAACCCAUGUACCAGGGAUGAGUGUGAUUGCAACAGAGGUUGUAUUCAUACUCCACUCUUCUACUGUAAAUAUUAG